AACAUGCACUCAACGGCACUGUGCCUGCUAGCUCUGGCGUCUGGUGCUCUGGGCGUCUUCGGCCCCCUCGCCUCGCCUUGGGUUGACACCUCGAUGUGCCCCCCCACCGACUCCCUGAUGGCGUGCCAGCUGAAGAAGGGCCAGUGCUCCCCCGUGGGCUCCGUGUUCUCCCCCCCGGGCGGCCCCGUCAAGGCCAUCGCCUCCUGCGCCAACACCACCGGCGUCGCCCUCGGCCCGCAGUUCUUCAUGAGCAUUGGUCUAGCCUUUGUCACUGGGAAGCCGGAGAGCCUGCCUGACAUGAUUCCCGCUGACGCCGCCUCGCUGACAGCCAUCCGCCGCUGUUCCCUCAACGCCACUGGCCUGCUCGGCAACGACACGGCACUCAACCGCACUGCCGUCGCCGCCUCCUUCUCCGCCGCCUUCAGCGACCCCGGCCUGGCCGCUGCCGUCGCCUCCGCCGUUGCUUCUUGCCCCGAACCUGUUGAUUACAAGAUAAGCGACUUCAUCACCUGCCUGAGGACGGCCUGCAUGAACAACGCGGUCGUCUCUCCCUUCGUGCAGACGGCCGCCUCACCUGCGCAGAGCUCGUGGCCUGCGCCUUCUGUGGCGUCCUCACUCUUCGUCGGUUCUUCCCCCUUUAUGAAGUUCUCGCCGGCGUCCGCACCUUCCGCGCCCUCUUCCGCGCCUCCUUCAACCAUGAGCCCCCCUUCCGCCGUCAGGACGCCAGCGACCACGGGCAUUCCACCGAACAUGGCCUCCCCGAACUCCAUGCAAACACUGCCUGCAGCAGCGCCUUACGCCUGGCCUGGACCUGCCCUGAGGACCCUCCCCUUCACCGGCGUUCCUGGGGUGAUGGCUCAGGCUCCGACGUAUUAAAAUAAGGUCCUUGUCUUUUUCCUUGUCAUUAAUGGGGUGGAGGUGCCAAGCAUGUGACGUGCUGGGAGUCACAUUCAUAACUCUAGUCUUCAUCGCUUUCAUAAUGUAUCUUGAAAUGAAACAGCCACAGAAAGAAAAGGAAACACAUAGCUUAUGCUUCGACUCAAACUGUACUCCUCGUCAAAUGAUAAAACCUUGUUUCAUUUCACCUUCGUACACACGGUACUAUAUAUGUAUUCUUUUGUCCAGACAGUAUCUUAUCUUACGAACUACGAGCCGGAAAAUAACGAGAAUAGAUAGUAAACU